CGUGGGUUUAGCACAAAAUUGUCCGUGAGUCAAACGCGUAUGGCAUAUUCUUAAUCGGGCCCAUUGUAUUUAGUUGUAUCUUUAAAUUUAUUAAAGCCUCCUCCCAAAUUAGGUUCAUAAAAUUAUCAAUAAAGGCAAUUGUUUUUAUUAAAAAAUGUGUCCACAUCGAUAUAAAAUUGUAAUAAUCGGACGAAAUUGUUCGAUAUUACGGUUAUAGUUACCUUAAAAGCCUUAUCGUUUUUAAACCGUAAAACACUCCUCAGAAGGACCAUGCGUUUAUUAAAACGUUUGUCAUGCUUGCACAGGCAACAAUUUCAGGUCCCAUGUUCAAACGUUUUGUUUCGUUUGCAGUGUAAGCCUCUCUCUACCGAAGCUGAUGUUUUGGAUCUAUUCGACCUAAAGGACGCCAAUCGUUACGGAAAUAAAGUUCUGGAGAGUCCAAAACAACAUGAAACACCUCAGAUCGAACAGAAAAAGGGACCCCCAAUUAUUGAGUGUAAACGAUCUGAGUUCAACCAUUACAGAAAUCAAAAAUACGAUCACCUCGCCCCAAUCCCAUUGGCAUCGAAAGGUUGGAACCACUACAAAUCUAAAGGGGAUUAUUUCAAAAUACAAAUUUAUAACGAGGAUAAAAAUAAAGACGAGCUUUAUUGGGACGACAGUAAUAAAUCUUUUUCAGAUCUCAACCUAGAGAGUGCUGUCGUCGAUGCAGUGAACUCUCUGGGGAUUUAUAAUCCAACAUUUAUCCAAGAAUUAUCUAUACCUACUAUUUUGUCAGGCCGUAAUGCGCUUAUAACAGCUGAGACAGGAUGUGGGAAGACUUUGGCGUAUCUACUGCCGAUUGUACAGCAGUUGGUGGAAUGGAACCGGGAAGGAAAAUCAAGGCCUCCAAAUACACCUCUAGCUAUGAUUUUAUGUCCAAAUAGAGAGCUUGUGUUUCAAAUAGGGGAAAUAGCCAAAAAACUAUCCUAUCAACUCCCAUUUCGUUGUGAAAUGCUUGUAGGAGGAAGGACCAAGAAAAAGAUGCUUAACCCCGACUUUAAAAAUGUCGAUUUACAAAUAACCACCAUCGGUGUUAUCAGCAAACUUACAACGAUGGGUUUAUUUGAUGUCAAAGAGGUUCGCCACCUUGUCCUUGAUGAGGCGGAUACAAUGCUUGAUGACAGUUUUAAUGAUCUUCUUCUUCGUUUUAUGAAAAAGUUCCAGAUAAUGUACACAAAAGAAGGUGCCACAGGAGCAAAAGGAUGUCAGCUUACACUUGCAAGUGCAACAAAACCUACAAGUCUGUACACAAUCCUUCAAGAAUUUAUUGAAACCGAUUCACUCGUGAAACUCACCUCACCACGAUUGCAUAGAGUGAUGCCCCACGUGCCACAAAUUUUUUAUAGGCUUGGCCCUUCUGACAAAUCUGGAAAAAUUCUGCAUUUGGCCAGGGCCGCUUUGAGAGACAACAAGCCUACAAUUAUUUUUAGCAAUAAAUCAUCAACUUCUGACUGGAUUUCAUUAUUGCUAGGAGAAAACCACAUACCUUCUAUAAACCUAAAUGGUAACAUGCCUGUAGUGAUUCGUUCUGGAAAAUUUAGAGAUUUUCAAGAACAGAAGAUCAAAAUUUUAUCUUGUACUGAUAUUGCCUCAAGAGGACUAGACACGAAACACGUAAAGCAAGUAAUUAACUUCGAUUUUCCCCUUUAUAUGGCUGAUUAUAUUCACCGAUGUGGAAGGACAGGGAGAUGUGGAAGUCCUCAAGAUUGUUCAGUAAUUAAUUUUGUGUCAGGAGAACGAGAAGUAGAAAUUGUCAAUAAAAUAGAGAUGGCUGUUAGAACAAUGGAUGUGCUGCCAAAUGUAAACGCCAACAUAACCAAAAUUAUCCACCAUAAAAUAAUUAAAAGGACUUAUUAAAAUAAACAAUAAUCUUUUAAAUUUGUUGAAUUUUUAGUUUGGUUACAAA